AUGGCGUCUGCAGCAGGAUGCCUCAGUGUGUGUUGUGUAUUUUUUGCAGUGACAGCCACUCUUGCCAUUAAAUAUGAACCCAACUGGGCAUCACUGGAUUCGAGACCACUGCCACCAUGGUUCGACGAGGCAAAAGUUGGAAUAUUUCUGCACUGGGGCGUGUUCUCUGUUCCCGCAUUUGACUCUGCGUGGUUCUGGUACUUUUGGAAAACUGAGAAACAGGAGCCUUAUGUAAAAUUCAUGAAAGAGAACUACCGACCUGACUUUACGUACGCUGACUUUGCCUCGAAAUUCAGUGCCUCUCUGUACAAUCCGGACUACUGGGCUGACAUCUUCGAAGAUUCUGGUGCCAAGUAUGUUGUUCUUGUCACAAAGCACCAUGAGGGUUUCACGCUGUGGCCAUCCAAUCAUUCAUGGAACUGGAAUGCUUAUGACGUGGGGCCAAGAAGAGACUUAUUGGGAGAGCUUGCUACUGCUGUGAGGAAGAAGAAAGACAUCCACUUUGGGGUCUACCAUUCACUAUUUGAGUUUUACAAUCCACUCUUCCUGCAGGACCAAGCUAACGGCUUUAAAACUCAGGAAUUUGUCACGACGAAGACCAUGCCAGAGCUUUACGAACUCAUCAAUACAUACAAACCAGAGAUUCUGUGGUCAGACGGGGACUGGUUAGCAGCUGACACUUAUUGGAAUUCCACCAAUUUCUUAGCUUGGCUGUACAAUGAAAGCCCUGUGAAGGAUGUUGUUGUGUCUAAUGACCGCUGGGGAAAGGGACUGUAUUGUAAACAUGGGGGCUUCUGGAACUGCAAGGACAAAUACAACCCAGGAAAGCUUUUGCCCCACAAGUGGGAAAAUGCAAUGACCAUUGACAGACGGGCAUGGACUUAUCGGCGUGACAUUACCUACUUCGACGUCCUUUCUCUGCAUGAAAUCUUGACUUUCUUGGCUGAAACUGUGAGCUGUGGAGGAAACCUGUUGAUGAAUGUUGGACCAAAUGCUGAUGGCCGAAUCAUCCCUAUAUUUGAGCAGAGAUUGAGAGGUUUUGGAGCAUGGAUGAAAAUCAAUGGAGAAGCAAUCUAUAAAUCAAAGCCAUGGCACACACAACAAGAUAAUGCUACUCAGGGUGUCUGGUACACAAUGAGGAACUCUGUGAAUGUAACGGGUGUGUACGCCAUCGUCCUCUCCUGGCCCACUAAUGGUGUCCUUCAGCUGUUGGCCCCAAUCACCCAGACCAGCACUGUCAUUGAAAUGCUUGGUGUACCUGGUAAAGAGCUCAAAUACAUCAAGGGAGUUAAUGGAACCAUCAACAUUACUUUUCCAACAAUCUCUACCGACCAGCUUCCGUCAACAGACGCCUGGGUCCUCAAAAUGACCAACCUCAAGAACCAAAAGGUUUACCAUCGUCCAGACUUUGUGGAUAUGGCAAAUGUUGUGCCGAUCAACCUCCAGCCAUAGACACUUUCAGCUGUGAAAUGAAUGGAGCAUUAUUCUCCUAGAUGGAUUGAAAAACAAGUCUUUUGCUAAGAAAACUUUUUUUUUCUAUUUCUUUGAUUUUGAAUAUUAGAAUCUCGCUCUCUCUUUUUUUAUGUUUUAUUUUUUUUAAAUCUCCUUAAAAAAUACACAUUGUUAGUCCAAAAGUUGUAAUGAUAAAAACAAACGACUGUCAUGUACAUUUUGUACACAAAUUUUUGAUUUCUUUAUGCAAUAUACCGUACUCUGAUUUGCACUUAGAUUUAUGUUAUUGUGAUACAGAUUGUCACUUUUGGAUGUUUUACAUCAUUUUGGAUAUUUUUGUUACUACAUAGAGUGUUUAUCAGAGUAGACCUAUUUUGAUUUCAUUGACGAUAUUAAAUUGGUAAUCUUGUCAAUAUUGCUAACAAAAUAGGAUAGAUAUCUUACAUUGUUUACAACACCAUAUCCAUGUGAACAUUUCUACAGCUUGACCUCAGACAAUAUUUCAGCCUUAUUUUGUAUGAAAACACUUCGUGAUAUUUUCCUUUAUAUUUACAACACCUGUCCAUAAAGUUUCCUAGAAUCGAUUCAUCUAUUUUUUGUAAAGAACUUUAGUUUUUCACAAUGUUUUUGUGGCUUUAAAAUUAUAAAUUUCUUGACAAAGUUUGAGGCUUGCUCUUUUCAGUACUCUAAGGACAUGCUUAAACUUUUUAAAAAUCCGUUCCUUGUUCUUGCAUUUUAAAACAACUUUUGGACAUUAUUUUUUAAUUCGCAAGGCAGUUUCACAAAAAUUUCUGUGAUAAUGGUGGUCAUAUGACUUACUUGGGUUAUAAUCUCAUAAAACAUAUUGCAUAAAUAUCAAGUAUGAAUAUGAUAUCACAUAGAACAUUCUUGCCAUUCUUUAAUAAUUCUUCAACUAAAAGUAACCUCAGGUACCUGUGUGUAUAAUCCAUUAUAUUUCACACUGUCAACUUGAUCUACCUUCACCUGUUUGUGUAUGUUUUCAUCUUUUUUUGUUAUAUAAAUAUAUGAUACAUAAAUGUUAUUUUUCAACAACUGUGAAACAAACUAUUAGCUUAUAUUAAUCAGUCAUGUUGGCCAGGAUGGCAGUGCAUAGGGAUGUGUUCCUUACUGAGGGUGGAAACUGGGGUAUCCUAGAAAAUCCCACGUGGUCGGGCAGGUGACCUCAUACAUUUUACAUCCAUUCAGAGAAUCCAACCCCACGUUACUACUGUGCCACCUGACCAUCUGUUCUUUAAGCGGUUCUGGUCUAUAUCAUGAUAAACAUGAUAAAGUUUUCAUGUCAUUUCUCUUCAUCAAGGCCUUCAGACCCUUGAAGGAAAGAUUUUUGCAUAGCAUUAAUCAUAUGACUACCAAUGCACCUGAUUAGGUAUAUAUUUUAUGAUAAUAUUUCUUACACAUGUUCCAUGACAUAACAGAACAAAAUCUAGUGAUAUCCAGGAGGUUAGUAAAGGCCCUAUUUGUUUUAGUGUAAUGACCUUUGCCACUGUUUUAUCACAUGUAUAUUUGUAUAUAUAUUAUUUUUUUAGCACCAAUUUGGAGUAAGGUGUUUUAGUUGAACUUAUACACAAAAAUGUAAGUAGUUUUUUUUUAGUUCAUGAGAAGAAGUCAUUUCUUUUCACAAACUUUUACGCAGUGGUGAAGCAUCAGUCAUCCAUCUGUCUGUUGUCAACUUUUUACUUAAAGCAACUUCUUCUCAAUAACCAAUGGACCAAAUGUUUCGAUGUUUAGCUGGUAUAUUCCUAGGAUUAAGCCAAACAAAGUUUGCAAAAAGAAAUUACCUUGACCUAUAAUCAGGGUUUUGUUUUUUGUAAAGUUUGCCAUGAAGAGAUGCAUUUACGAACAGCAUUGUAUAACAGGUCAAGGUCCAUUUUAAUUCUUGUUUGUUUUUUUUAUGUUUUUUUUAUAUCACAUUUAAGCAGAUACAAUUAUCCAAUAACUUAUAUGGAAAUGCAUGUUAUACACAAGGAUUCAUAAAUAGUAAUGAAAAAUACUCAAAAUAUCAUCUUAAUACUUUUUUUAUCUAGGAUUAAUGAAGUGUUGUGAAUUUUUUAAGUAUGUGGAAAAAAUGUCAAUAUUAGACCAAUCAGAAGAAAAAUUUCCAUUCGCUACAUUCAAACAUUGAUUUUCUGUCACAAUUCAACUACUGUGAUUCAUCUUUGUUACAUUUAUCAUGAACGAAGAAAACUGAAAUAACUCUACGCAAUUGAUGUAGUGUCCUUAGCCAAUACUUAUACAGCCAUGUGUGCUCAUUUAGUAAAGAAAAGCUUGCGAAAUAUGCUUCUUAGCCAAUAGUUGUAGAGGUAUGUGAACUCCUGUAGAAAGCUUGUGAAGGACGUGAUGUGUGGUAUCAAUGAGAAAUUGUUAAACAAUCUUUAUUAUUGAUAGACACAUUUGUUUAUUAUAUUUAGUAACUUAUAAUCAUUGAAAACAUAGAAUUCUUAUAUGUAUUCAUGACUUCAUCGUUGAAAAGUUUAGAAAUAAUGUAAAGAUUCAGGUCCUAAAGCCUGCGAUAAUAUCUUUUCCAUCUGUAACUGAAAUUAGAACUAUGCAAUACAUAAUUAUACAGUACACAUAAUUUUAUCUUGGUGUGGGUGUAUUUUUAACUGUUUACACUUAGUGAGAUUAUAUUUUUUAUGUUUUUGAACGUGUUGAUUAUCAAUUUGAUCUAAUAUUAAUGAAAUUUAAAUCUUGUAACCAACGCAGAGGUGCCGACAGGUUCCUUCUGAGGUCCCUAGCUUUGUGGAUACGGUAGGUAUGGAGGGUGAUGGUAUGCAGAGAAUAAGAUAUGAUGAGUUACAACCUUAACUUACCACAGCUGAUUCUUGUAUUUAUUCACUACACAGUGAUGGUUGACAGGUUUCACAUCUUUGAUGAUGCUUCAUCAGAACCAUCAGUUACAUUGAAGUAGUUAAAGUACAGUUCAGACUGUUUCAAUGUAUAAAAAUGGAUGUAACAAUUGACACUCUAUAUAGAACAUCAUAGAAAGUAGUUUAAAAUGAAUGAAACUAGAAUAUUUAAAAGUCAUGGUUUUAAACAGGCUCAAAUGUGGGAUUCUCAUGAAUGAGUGCAUGAAAGUAUAGUCUAUUUAGAAAGUUAAACUAGUGAUGAAUGGAAUAAACAUUUAUGUAUGCUGUAUACACGGUUUCCAAUGUGAGGUUUUGUACUGGGGAACUUGUCAAUGUCGAAAGUGUCCGAGCUGUCUGAUACUCUAGGUGGCUCUGCUGGGCUGAUCAUUUCACUCCGCGUGUAGUAUGGAGUGGGGUCCUCUUGGAGAAGACUCUCUUUGCUGGAUCAGUCCAAUAAAGCAAGGUCCAAGGGAUCCUCUUCGAUUUGCUUGAUUUUACAGUUGUUGAAUGUGGCCAUAGUGGUGAAUGGUACUGGUCUAAAUUUUACAAUAAACAAUUCCCUGGUCCAGGUUUCUUGUGGUCUGAUGUUUUUAUCUGGAAUGGCAACAUCCUUCCUGGUAGUAUCUUCAUCAUCUUGAUGGAUUCCUCGUUAUAGCCUGAAGGCAUUUUGGCCAUAUUUUUGCUAUGAUCAUAUCUUCUUUUAAACGUAGAAAAACAAAUCUUUCAUUUGAAAAGUUUCCUCACAAACACAUGAAUUAUAUUUGUAUGUUUCUUAAGGCUUCCGAUCGUGAUAAAUGUUUUAGGGCAUUUACCACAUGGUAUCUUUUGGUGUUUGUGCCAGCGGUCCGAUGCAUUUCCUUGUCCAUGUAGCAAACAAAUACAAAAAUUACCUGUGGUGGGUGGAGGUUGUAUUGCAACAUAUCUUUAUCAAAUAUUGAUGCGUUUUGUACAAAUGUAUUUAUGCUGAGAUUGCCAACUCUUUUAAAGGAGAUGCAAUGUUCUUUAUAUAUUUUGAUUUUUCAUAUAUUUUAAUUUCAAAAGUGUUUUUAUCUCAAAAACAUGAUUAAUAUUGUGAAUAAAACAUUCCAUUAAUAGUAAAGUUUUACUUGUUGUCUUUAGAGAGUUCACCUCAGUUGCUGUUUUCACUCAUAUUAAUUUCUGUUUUAUAACCUGUGCCAUUACUUA